AUGCGGCCUUUGGCUUAUCAGUUUUUUCGAUUUGAGAUUGGUAAUGGCAGGAAGCCUUUCUUUUGGUUUGAUGAUUGGUUGCAUGUUGGGAAGCUUAUUGAUAUCACUGGAGCGGUCGGUACUCACUAUCUGGGUGUUAAACGAAAGGCGCGAGUUUGCGAAGCUGUUUCGGGACUGCAGUGGAGUGUACGGGGGCAGAGGAGUAGGUACUUUCACGAGCUGCAUGACAAGAUUCAGAACGAACCAGUUCCAAGUCCUAAUGGUGGGGAAGAUUUGAUUCUAUGGAGACACACGGGAGACGAAUAUCGUGAUCAUUUCUUAGCUAAUGAAACUUUGAACCAAAUACGGGAUAAGCAUGAGGAAGUUGGAUGGAGCAGCAGUGUUUGGAUCGCUCAGGGGGUUCCUAGGUUUGCGUUCAUAACGUGCCUGGCGGUUAAGAACAGGCUUGCUACUGGUGAUAGAAUGCGGACAUGGGGCAUUCAGCAGGACUGUGUUCUUUGUGGGGAGAAAGAUAAGACACGAGAUCACUUAUUCUUUGCUUGUCCCUACUCCUACACAGUGUGGGAUAGGCUAGCAAGCAAGUUAAUUGGCUCGUCCAUUAACCCAGAUUGGAAUGAUAAUCUUCCGUUGCUUAAAAAUGGGAGUUUCACUUGA